CCAGAGGUACCACUGUAUUUCCGAGGUUUGAUGGCUCAUUAACACCACUUAGUUUUGGAGUAAUACUUGUGCUUUUUCCCCCUGUGGGGACACAGGGGGACGCAUACCCCUAAACAUUUUGCGAAUUUAACGGGACAAGAAAUUCACUGUCUUUAUUUCCCCCGAUUUGAACUGUAUUUAUUUUUCCCUGGUGGUGAUUUUCUUGAGCCAAAACGAGAGUACCCCUAAACAUUUUUUAAGAAGAAAGCACUGAGUUAUGCCAUAAAAUUAUAUACUGAUGCAAAGAUAAUUUAUUGAAGACCAUAAUGCAAUAGCUUUUAUGAAGGAUUUUUUAUUACAACAGCAGUCAUGAAGAAGAAACGUGAAACACAUGGGGGGGAAAUGAAAUAUACAGAUUAAAUUGCCAUGUUGGCACUUGGCAAUAAAUAAGUGGGUUUGGGGCUGCAAUUUGGGCACACAAUCUCUAAAAGUUUCGCCAUCGCUGCCAUAGCCCAUCGCUUCCACCCCAUGACCAUCAAAAAAAGGAAGAUGAUUGGCGCCAGGGUAAACAAGGUUGCCAUCACCACCUGGGAGGGACAAUGUGGGCAUGAUGCCGGAGUGUUGACCCAGGGCAAAGAUUCUCCCAAAGGUCUUUUCCCUCAUUCUUUUCUCUCUCUCUCUUUCCCAGGUGAUUACUCUGAGCGCAUCUGCGCAAGCCACCACCAGCGAAGGGACGAAGGGUGGCUAUUUUAGCUCAGCCCUAGCAGGUGGAAUUGCUGUGAUGGUAGCCAUCCACGUUUCGGGAGGAGUUUCCGGAGGACACUUAAAUCCAGCCUUUACGCUCACCAUGUGUCUGCUUGGCCAAUGCCCCUGGUGGAAACUGCCCAUCUUCUCUGUCGUUCAGACUAUGGGAGCCUUUUUGGGCGCAGGCACCGUCUACAUGCUUUAUUACGACGCCAUCCACAGCUAUAGCAAUGGGACCCUUGCAGUCACCGGACCCCGUGAAACCGCCUCCAUCUUUGCCACCUACCCAGCUCCCUACCUGUCGCUUGGCAACGGCUUCUUCGACCAGGUCCUGGGCACCGGGGUGCUGAUAUUGAGCAUCCUGGCCAUUAUCGACUCCCGCAACAGGCGCGUCCCACAUGGACUGGAGCCCAUCGCGGUGGGCUUGCUGGUCACCGCUCUCGGCUUGGCAAUGGGAGCCAACUGUAUGUGCGCCAUUAACCCAGCCCGGGACCUGGGCCCACGGCUCUUCACCUACCUGGCCGGAUGGGGGCCUCAGGUGUUCAGUGCUGGAAACUACUGGUGCUGGGUUCCGGUCGUGGCUCCGAUGGUGGGGGCCACGAUUGGGACGGCUCUGUAUGAGCUCGGGGUGGAGUUUCACCACCUGCCGUCCCAGGACGAGGAAGAGACCUUGACCACCAAGAAGCAUCACCCAGGGACGGAAAAGGAUACGGAGAUCUCGAUUUAUGCCGUGAAUAAAUACGCAGAGGAUUGGACAGGCGGGAGCACAGGCAACCCCCCAGACGGGGGCCAUAACAAAUUGGAAACUUCAAGUUCCUUUUAAAAUGGGACAAGCGCCGGAAGAGGCGAGAGACUUAAUCCUUUCGUUUUUAUAUAUUGGAUGGAGUUGUUGCUGUUGGUUUUAUGACUGAUGUAGGUCUCUGGGCGUGUGAAUUCCACACAAAAGAGCGAUGUUUUGGAAUGACAAAGGACCGCUUUCCCCAUAGAUUAAGGUUACCAGACAUCCCCGUUUCCUGGGGACAGUCACCGGAUUUACAAAUCAGUCCCCAUACAAAAUCCACUGAAUCCCCGGAUUCAUUGAAAAAAAGUAUCUGGUAACCUUACCAUAGAUGAACUUUAUCGCUUGCUAAAAUCAUCACCUGAGGUCGUGCGCAGAAUGACUCCCACCUUUGGGGAUUAUACAAUGGCAGCAACCAGAGACGGGGCCUUUUUUUGUGGUGGCACCACUGCGGAACGACCACUCUUGAAAUAUUUGCUCAGUGCCGACUUUUUUUAUUGUAUUGGGGGAGGAAGGCUCUAUCCUGCGGGGCAGGGGCUGUCGUGGUUUCACCCUAAAGAAUUCUGGGAACUGUAGUUCUAUUCCCUUCCCAGAACAACAUUUGACAGAGUGGUUCAGCAAUUCAUCCUUUUUUGCAGUGAACUCUGGGAAUUGUAGCUCCGUGAGGGGAGUCUCCGAACAACGCUCAGCAACCAGAGCAAACUACAGCUCCCAGAAUUAUUUGGGGGGAAGCCAUGACUGUUUUAAGCAGUAUCAUAGCUCUUUAAAUGUGUUUUGUGAAUAUGGCCUUAAUACACAGCGUUACGGUUGCGGAACACGACAGGAAGGAGGAUGGGGAUGAAACUAGAAUGAGUUGACUUAGCCACUCAUUGCCUCUGGCGCCACCUGCUGUCAGGCUUCCUACCUUCCGCCCCACUAGCCCCAAUGAGCACCAGCCACCAUUGGCUGGGGAAGGCUGCCAAUCACCAUAGACCAAGAGGAAGUUGCUGCCUUCCUCCUAUUCCCAUCAGCCGUAGCCAAUAGGGCCAAUGGUCAGGGAUGAUGGAAGUUGUAGUCCAGUAGCGUCCGGAGGUACGUAGGUUCCCCCCAUUCCUGAAGCUAGACAAUAGUGAGUUACAUGGAGCAAUGGUUUGCCUUGGCACAAUGCAACUUACUUGACCUAAUGCUGCUAUGAUGACUUGUGUUCUGUGUGUGUGUGUGUGUGUGUGUGUGUGUGUGUUCUGUUAAUUUUACUCGAUGUUUUCUUGCUGCUGUUCUGAUGGAUGAAUUGUUUAAAUGCUUUUUAUCGAUCGCUGUAUUGUAACGAGAUGAAAGGAUGAAAUAAAAUGAAAAAUGGUUUCUAAAAUACGUAGGGUGCUGGGAAAAGCCCUCUAACACAGAGGUGGGAAACUUGGCCCCACUCUGUACAUCGUUGAACUCCAGCUCCUACCUUCCCUGACCACUGGAUCCCCAGCCCUGCUUUUUACCUCUGUGGGUACAUUUAAUAUGUGAUUCCUGAUUGGUUGGGACGGGAUUGUUCU